GAUUAUCUAGGCACUUUCACUUUUCCAUAUAUAGGAGCAGCUCAGGGACUGACAGAUCAGGCUAGGUAGGGAUACAGACUUCAGGCACAUGCAUACUCCUUGCGUGUGUACACAGGUGCAAGCACAUGCUCACUUCACACACUGAAAUUCAAGUUAGUGUAAGAGGUAAUAAGUGAAGACAGCAAUAGUCGUGCUGAUAAAAAACCUUCUCCUUUAAGAGAAGGCACUAAAGUUAGAACUCUUCAACCACUUUCUAAUAAUCCAUCAGGAAAAGCAUCACAGUCAUGAAUGGGCCAGUGGAUGGUUUAUGUGAUUACACGCUGGAUGAUGAAGGGGCUUUCAUGUUCACAUCGGAGUCGGUGGGAGAGGGACAUCCAGAUAAAAUCUGUGAUCAAAUCAGCGAUGCUGUACUAGACGCCCAUCUCAAGCAGGACCCAAAUGCCAAGGUUGCUUGUGAGACAGUAUGUAAGACAGGAAUGGUGUUGCUCUGUGGUGAGAUCACAUCUCGUGCUAUUGUGGAUUAUCAACGAGUUGUCCGAGAUGCAAUUAGACAUAUUGGCUAUGAUGACUCAGCUAAAGGCUUUGACUACAAGACUUGUAAUGUUUUAGUGGCACUCGAACAGCAGUCACCUGAUAUUGCUCAGGGUGUUCAUCUACACAGGAAUGAAGAGGAUGUUGGUGCCGGAGAUCAGGGUUUGAUGUUUGGUUAUGCAACAGAUGAGACAGAAGAAUGUAUGCCUCUAACAAUUAUUCUUGCUCAUAAACUGAAUGCCAGGUUAGCAGAGCUGAGGCGUAAUGGAGAACUUCCUUGGCUGAGGCCUGACUCUAAGACACAGGUCACAGUUCAGUACAUCCAGGAGAAUGGAGCAGUCAUCCCAGUGCGUGUUCACACCAUUGUGAUAUCUGUGCAGCAUGAUGAAACCAUUUCGCUGGAGAAUAUGCGCAGGACCCUGAAGGAUCGCGUGAUCCAAGCUGUUGUCCCUGCAAAAUACUUGGAUGAGAAAACUAUUUAUCACCUUCAGCCUAGUGGACGUUUUGUUAUUGGAGGGCCUCAGGGUGAUGCUGGUGUUACUGGUCGAAAGAUCAUUGUGGAUACCUACGGUGGCUGGGGAGCCCACGGAGGAGGUGCCUUUUCUGGCAAAGACUAUACGAAGGUCGACCGAUCAGCUGCGUACGCGGCCCGUUGGGUGGCCAAGUCUCUUGUGAAAGCUGGGCUCUGUCGCCGCGUUCUGGUGCAGGUUUCUUAUGCCAUUGGGGUUGCUCAUCCACUGUCCAUUUCACUGUUCACUUACGGAACUUCCCAAAAAACAGAGAAAGAGCUGCUGGACAUUGUGCACAAAAACUUUGAUCUUCGGCCUGGAGUCAUUGUCAGGGAUUUGGACCUAAAAAAGCCCAUUUACCAGAAGACUGCAUGUUAUGGUCACUUUGGAAGAAAUGAAUUCUCAUGGGAGGUGCCUAAAAAACUUGUGUUUUGACACUAGCAGUCACCCUUUAAAAACAAAAAGGAAAAGUCCAUUAAUGAUGAGGAUGCUUCCAAAAAUAAAAUUUGACAGCUUUGUAUUCAAGAAAAGGAAUUUUAGAUUUUAAAUGGAAGGAAAGAAAAGGAUAUUUUCUUGGAAAUUGAUUUUUUUUUUUUAACCCUCAGUGUCUUUCGUCAUCUACGAUAUAAAGGACAGAGUCUGUUUUUUUAAUCAGCGUAAGAAAACAAAAUACAGUUUACUUUUUAUUGCUGCUCUGUUGGUUCUUUUUAUAAAGGUGAAGUAUGACUCAGGUACGCAAACCAGUGGCUGAACCUCAAACCUUUCAUGGGCAAAAGCAAAGACAACUUUCCCAACUCUGACUAAAGAUCAGCAGAUCUCUUGCUUCUAAUCAGACAACAGGAAAUUCUGGGGUCCAAUUUCCUUACUGGAGUUAGCAUUGCAUACAGCUGGGGGUUGCUUUGAGGGGAGAAGGCUGAACACCACAUAACUGUAUCUCAGCCUCUUUUAUAGAAGAUGUUAACAUAUAUGUAAUAUUUAAAUCACCUUCACUGCGUAUGUGCUGUUACUGUUGUGUUUCAAUUACCUGUUCCCCCAUAAAACAACAAUCAUAGAAUAAAAAGCUUUUUCCUACCAUGUAUGUAAAGGUGCCUCUUUUUCUAGUUGGUUUUUGAUGUUGUAGGAAAACGGUCCAUCUGAACUCAGCCUUUUAUACUCUUGUAGGAUUUUAGUUUACCAACAUAACUGAAUUUUAUUAGAUUUUGGAAUUGUGAUCUGAAUUUAUCUUUCACUACAUGUGAUUGCUAUUUAGUCCUUGUGUGUAAUAGAAACUUGGUGAAAAGCAUUCUCUCAAAAUUUUUGCUGCCAGGUGUUAGGUUUAUUGCAUGGCUUUCUAGGUUUGGUGUAGUUUUGGAAUAAAAUAAAGAGCAUAGAAGUAA